GAGGAAAGAUGGCGGCGGAGGCUGCCGCUGCUUCAGGAGCGCCAGAGGAAGCUGCGGGGCCGCAGCGGGCAACGACGGCGGGAGCCGCGCCAGGGCAUUCCUGAAGGGGGAAGCGGGAAAGCGCGUUAGGGCCGGCACUGUGUGUAAAAAAAAAGGAGAUUCAAGGGGCGGGGCUCAUGUGCGGCGGAGGUCGCAGGCGUCCGCGUCCGUCGCCCGCAGCUCAAGCGCCGACAGGAGACAUCCCAGCCGGCUCCGGCUUUCUUUUGAGCAGGCUCUGAGGCGCUCGAGCGAAGCCGAAAAGUAAAGCAGUGCCUCCAGCAGGCAAGGCUAAGAAGCCAAAGGGGGAAGCGGCAGCGGCAGCGGCAGCAGCAGCAGCAUGAAGUUCGCCGAGCACCUUUCCGCACACAUCACUCCGGAGUGGCGGAAGCAAUACAUCCAGUAUGAGGCUUUCAAAGAGAUGCUGUAUGCUGCUCAGGACCAGGCCCCUUCUAUAGAAGUCACAGAUGAAGAUACUGUAAAGAGAUAUUUUGCCAAGUUUGAAGAAAAGUUUUUCCAAACUUGUGAGAAAGAGCUUGCCAAAAUCAACACAUUUUAUUCAGAAAAACUGGCAGAAGCGCAGCGCAGAUUUGCUACACUACAGAAUGAAUUGCAAUCAACUUUGGAUGCACAAAAGGAAACCAGUGGUCUUACUACCGUGCGGCAACGUAAAAAGCCAGUCUUCCAUCUGUCUCAUGAGGAACGUGUUCAUCAUAGGAACAUCAAAGACCUGAAACUGGCCUUCAGUGAGUUCUACCUCAGCCUCAUCUUACUGCAGAAUUAUCAGAAUCUAAAUUUCACAGGGUUCCGUAAGAUUUUGAAGAAACAUGAUAAGAUCCUGGAGACACCACGAGGUGCUGAUUGGAGAGUGGCUCAUGUUGAAGUGGCUCCUUUCUAUACUUGCAAGAAAAUCAACCAGCUCAUCUCUGAAACAGAGACAGUGGUAACCAAUGAAUUGGAAGAUGGAGACCGACAGAAAGCCAUGAAACGAUUACGUGUCCCACCACUAGGAGCAGCACAGCCUGCACCAGCAUGGACUACUUUCAGGGUCGGGUUGUUCUGUGGAAUAUUUAUUGUGCUGAAUAUCACCCUCAUACUUUCAGGUGUGUUUAAAAUGAAAGGAUCAAAUGUGUGGCCACUGAUAAGAAUCUAUCGAGGGGGCUUUCUUCUGAUAGAAUUCCUUUUUCUCCUUGGCAUUAACACAUAUGGUUGGAGGCAAGCUGGAGUGAAUCAUGUUCUCAUCUUUGAGCUCAAUCCACGUAGUAAUUUGUCCCAUCAGCAUCUUUUUGAGAUUGCUGGAUUCCUUGGAAUGCUAUGGUGUCUGAGUCUGCUAGCAUGCAUAUAUGGAGAUAGCACUGCAUUUCCUAUGCAUGCAAACCCACUUAUCUUGUAUGGAUUUAUGCUGCUGUUCCUUAUCAAUCCUACAAAAACCUUUUACUACAAGUCUCGAUUUUGGCUGCUUAAACUCUUGUUCCGGGUAUUUACUGCUCCCUUCCAUAAGGUGGGCUUUGCAGAUUUUUGGCUCGCUGACCAGCUUAAUAGUCUAGCUGUAAUACUUAUGGACCUUGAAUACAUGAUCUGUUUCUAUAGUUUUGAGCUCCAGUGGAAGGCUAAAGAUGCAUUGCUGAAAGAUACAGGCCUUCAUAUUUGCAACACCUAUGCUUACGGUGUGCGUGCAGUUGUUCAGUGCAUUCCUGCUUGGCUGAGAUUUGUCCAGUGCCUGCGCCGAUAUCGUGAUACUAAACGGGCCUUUCCCCAUCUGGUUAAUGCUGGGAAAUACUCCACCACAUUUUUUAUGGUGACAUUUGCAGCCCUUUACAGCACCCACAAAGUUCAAAAACACAACGAUUACCAAGUAUUCUUCUAUUUGUGGAUUGUCUUCUACUUCAUUAGUUCCUGUUAUACUCUUAUCUGGGACUUGAAGAUGGAUUGGGGUCUUUUUGACAAGAACGCCGGUGAAAAUACUUUCCUCCGGGAAGAGAUUGUAUACCCACAAAAAGCCUAUUACUACUGUGCCAUUGUAGAAGAUGUGAUUCUACGUUUUGCAUGGACUAUCCAGAUUUCUCUGACUACCAUGGAAAUUCACCCUUUUGCUGCUGACAUCAUUGCUACUGUAUUUGCACCACUAGAGGUUUUCCGGCGGUUUGUGUGGAAUUUCUUCCGAUUAGAGAAUGAACAUCUGAAUAACUGUGGUGAGUUCCGAGCUGUCCGCGAUAUUUCAGUGGCACCUCUGAAUGCAGACGAUCAGACCCUGCUUGAACAGAUGAUGGACCAGGAGGAUGGUGUCCGAAACCGCCAGAAAAACAGAGCUUGGAAGUGUAGCCAGAGUGUGUCCUUGCCCAGACCACGUCUUGCUUCACAGUCAAAGAUUCAUGACACCAAAGUAUUAAUAGAAGACACAGAUGAUGAAGCAAACACAUGAAAUGCCCACAGAGUCAAGUUCCACAUCCCUCAUGUUCUCUUGCUUUAUUACCUUCCCAACCCCAACUGCCACCCAGUCUAUCCUCUGGUACAGUUCCAGCUAAAAACAGGAGAAAAAUCUGAACACAUUUUUUGAGCUCUUCCGGACCGGUUCCUAUGGACUCCAACAAGCUCACUGUGUUUUCUUUUCUUUUCUUCUGGUUUUAAUUUGAUUUCUUGUUUUUAAAAUAUAAAUCUAACUUUGUUUUGCCAAUCAGAGGGACAUUUAAGGAAGGAGCUGUCUUAAAGAUUGUUUACAAUCUCUUCAAGGACAUACAAUCUGGAUGAAGAAGCAUCAUUUGGACUCCCUAAUGGGACUUUACUGAAAAAUCAUUCGGUCUCUGCUCAGUCCAGUUUUGACUGGUUGAAACUGGACCAGCGUUUUUAACUCUGGCUCGCGCUCUGAUUUUUGGUGUUUUCUUUCAUAUCCAGCGCCAAGGCACUAGCUGCACUUGCCGGGAAAGUGCACUUAGAGCAGUACCUUCAUUCACGAAGCUACUUUUUAAUUUGGUGUAACUUUCUUUUUUUUUUUUUUUUUGAAAUAUGAUGUAUUUGUUGCACAUAGUUUUCAUAUUAUUUAUGAUAGUUAACCUUAUGAGAAUGGUUUUUGAGUCCUGUGCAAUGAAGUUGGUAACUCUUUAAAAAAAGAAAAAAAAGGCAAGUGGUUGGGGAGAAGGGGAUGUAGAUCCUUGAUCUCUCUUGCUGCAAGGUUAAGCCCUUUAAAAUACCUCUUUGAGAGAACUUGCACCAGCUUAACCUGAUUAUUUUUCUCCUUAUUAUUGACUGAUUGAUUUUAAGCCAAAGUUGCUCUGUUGAAUUUUACUUGCUGCUGCUGGUCCCGCAGAAAUCUUGUCACCUUCCUUAGCUGGAUCUUCUUUGUACAUGUGCCUCCACAGAAAUAAUAACAUGAUCUCCAAAUUUCUGUUGGAAAAAAGAAUCUAGAGCUAGAUGUAGUCCGUCCGAUAUCCAUGCAAGAAAGCCUUAGUUUAUACAUUUAAGAAUGGUUUUCAUUUUAGUGAGCUGAGUCUCCCGGACAUCAUCCCAUUUUUAAAUAGGGAGUUCCUGUUUGGUUCAUUCAUUCCAGCUAAAAAAUAGAGAAAAAUAAAACUGAUUGAGACAAAGGUCUGUCUUGUGGAUAUAGGAUUACUCAUUCAGCAGUAUAUACUGGGUUCAGGCAGACACUCAACAGCUUGUCAUUUAUGUCAUCCAGAGGUUGCGUAGUCUCUAUUGAGAAAGUUGGCAUUGCUAUAGAAAGGGCUCUUUAAUUUUUUUCAAUAAAUAAAAUAUUUUGCCAUACUUUGGCAAAAACUUGUCUGACAAUCACUGUCCAAGAACAUCCUCAGGUUAACUUUUGUUUCAUUUUUUAAACCUACCUGCCCCAAGUCCUAGAUUUCCAAUGUGGUGCUAGGCUAAACUUUUACAAGCAUUAUGAGUAGCACUGCUAAUUGGACUUAUGGUAGAUGGUCAUACACUUUAGUAAAUUCUUUAAAAAAAGUUAUCGGUUGAUUAUUUCUUUUAAUUCCAUAUUGGCCUCCAGCAUCCAUAGGAUAGAGCAGCAUGAAUGCUUAAGAUGACCACUCCCUCUCCUUGUAGUAGAAAGCCUGUGUUGUGUAUGCCAAGCAUUUGUACUUCAUAUUAGCAAAUGAAAGCUUAUUGUGCUCUGUUACACAAUGUGUGCAUUUGUGAGAUCACCACCCUAUGAUGGGAGAAGCUAUUUCAGAUUUUCUUAAGUCUGAUAUUGAUAUAGGAUUUCACAGCAAAGACUGUGUUGUUCUUGUUUAGGUUUUUAGAUGGUGUUAGUUCCUUUCUCCUGUACAAUCUCCUUUGGUUUGAAAGCAUACUUUUAAGCAUAGAGGAUUCCUCUUUUAUCCUUUUUUUCCUUAGUUAAUAACCUUAUCUAUAAUAAUUUAUUUCCUUAUUUUAUCUUUCAAGCCAUUCACAAGACUUACUUUGUAAAGCAACUGUGACUUAAAAAUAGUAUGCAUAAUGUGCUGUAGCCAUAAGGAACUAGAAAACAAAUUUCUGGCAAAACAAAUUAACUACAAAAUCAGGACUCCUUGACAGGCAAGAGAGCUAUAGAAUGAAACUUUAAAUCACAGUUAUUUUUUAUUGUGCUUUAACUUGGUAGAAAAUUUAGGACAUUGUGGUCGUAAUGCAAGUAGAUUUUGGAGUUGUACAUUAUUUGUGCUUCUGCAGUGUAGCAGUUAUUGCUUGGUAUUCUAGUACCAGGCUGUUCUAGUAGAAAAGUUGGAUUUGGAGUCCCACUAAGCUGUUUUGUUACAAGAUGAGUCUGCAAUUCAAUGAGAGGUGGUUUUUUUUACAUAUUACAAUAAUAGACUACUACCGAACUUUAUGUGAAUAAUGGCAACUACUUAUACAUUCAGUUAAACAAAUAUGAGAGGUCAUUCUACCUAAGGAAUGUUAAUCUGAAUAAAUCAUGGGUCCCCUAAAUUCUUCCUGCCAAAGACAUAUAACAGGGAAAGAUUUAUUUAGGAUAUACCGAAGGAUACUGACAUUUAAGGAUGAAGCAGAAGGAGUAAUUUGAUGGUAGAAAUUUAGAAAUACCAGCAAUUUGAAAUAAUUUGCCUAUGAGAUUAGGAAGAUUAUAUAUGCCACAAUGAACAAUUUUUUUCAUACCACCAUCAUCUGACUGAAAAAGAUCACUGCCUUGUGCAUAACACAACAUUUUACAUGGAAGUAUUAAGUGAAGUUCCAGAUUUAAAUUUAUAUUUAGAGUACUUGACUAACUUUCAUAAAUUGUAUGUUGAGGUUUUUUUUUUUUUGAAUCUGUAAUGAUUAGCCAAGUUAAUUAACUAAGCCCCUCCCCCCCGGGUUCUGUCAUCAAAAAGCCCUACAUUGAAUUGAAUUGUAUAUUUGGAAGAAAUGUGUGUCCUAAAGAAUUCGUGCUUGGUAGCCUAACAUAAGAAAUUGAUAUCUGCCUCUUCCUAAUGUAGAGGUUCAUCUCCAGAGUUCACUCUAUUUUCCUGUGGAUAGUUAGUGCAGAAUUGUUUAUUAAAACCAGUCUAUCUGAAUUUCUUAUGUAGAAAACUUUUAGAAUAACUAAAAUGGAAUAUUGGGAUAGUUAGGAUGCCAUUUCAAUUUUCCUGGAGUGUGGAGAAAUGCCACGUGACUCUCAACAAAUAUUCAGAUUUUUUUUUUCCUCAGAGAGUUAAAGUCCUGAAAGAAGGGUUGAUGCUUUUGACUUUUGCACUCGGCCUUUUCCAUGUCUGGCAAAUAGAUUUAAUGUUGCGUUACAUAAUGGUUAGGUUUUCUUUGACCCAAAUGACAGGGGGAUAAGAGAAAGCUAUAUGAACCUCAUGGGAAUUAAUGGCUUUCUUAAGCGGUUACCUGUUUUGGAAAUGAAAUGGAAUUGACACUCUGCCAAGAAGACUGUAGAAGCAUCUUUGUGAGGAUAUGCAGAAGCACUUUGCUACUUUUUGGUUUCCUCUUUCAAAGGAGAAGAUAAAUUUGUUAUAUUUGAAUUAAAAUAACUCCCCUGCUCUUUGUCCAUUUUCUAUAAAGGUUACAGAGUUGUGGAGAGUAGGAAUCUUGCAAUGAUGGAGUCAGGCUUUAUUCUGAGCAUUAAAAAAAACCCUCCUUUGUUUUCAUGCUUUGCUUUUUAUUACUUGAUUUCUUUAUCUUUUUGAUUGACACAAGCAAGUGUGCUUUGUAGGAAAACAAACAAAAGUUCACAUAUUGGAAGUUGAAAUGUGUUCAGGAAAAAGUAUAUAAUUCUGGUGUCUAAGGAGGAAAUGCCGUGCUAUCAUUCCUGUAGCAAAUUCCAUUGUGUUAUUCUGGACUUUGGCUUGAAAUUGACCACAAGCCUAUAGGGAAGUAGUAGUAGAAUCAGCUUUGUAUAGAUCAUUUUAUUUUAAAAUGUUUUAAAAACAUCAAGACAAUUUCAUCAUUAAGGAAGUCCGUCUUUCCCCCUACCCACAAAAAACACCCUUCAUUGGACAAAAAUGUGUCCAGUGUAUUUAUUUUCUGUGGAGAAAUGCUGUGUCUAAAUUAAGCAAUGCCUUCAGCAUCUAGAUAUUUCUAAGCUUCUUCAAGAGAUGCACAUGAACAUUUUUAAUCCAUGAUUGUGUUCUCAUAUUUUCAUUUUCAAGGAAGCAUUAUUGAUAAGGCCUCUAAUCUUAUAGAAUCACAAAUCUGCAAAGAGCAGGGAAGAAAAAUGUAACUUGGCUAGGAAGAUUUCCUAUUAAUAUAUAACAAAUUGGAUCUCUUGACUAUCCUACUUUUCUCUAAGGGUCAUAAAAAAAGCCAGAAGGCAUAAGUUCAAAUUCUAGAUUUUAGAACCUAUUACUAUAGUUAGAUCCAGAAUCAUGCAAUUUUACUGAUACAGUUGUCACGUAAGACAAAGCUAUUUCCUUUUCUAAUCACCAUGCUGAGUUGGGCAAUUACAUUAGUCUCCUAUAUUAUUUUUGUGAAAUCUUUCUGCAAACCAGUUGUGUUAGAAGAAAUUGUUCUGACUUGGUAAGGUGGUGUUUUUUUUUUUUUGAAAACUAGUUAUUAAAAAGGAAGAAAGUUUUCUUUGAGAGGGUAGCCAUUUUUAUGCUCUUAAUACCUUCCCCUAUAUAUUUUUUCUGCUCUUUAUAUCAAUAUGUAACUUAACCCGAGACACCAACAAUGUUGCCAAAAUAGUUCUGUUAGUUCUGAUUGGAAGGUGUGCAUUUGGAUAUAUCUUGCUUUCAAAUUUUUAUUAACUCGAUGUCGAAAAAUCAAUUUUUUCCUUUCUUUACACUGCUGUAGUAGGUAAAGGAGCUAUAGGUUGAUAACUAGGCUAUGAACUGCAGUCUUUGUAUCUGUAUAUGCCAAUAGAUUAGUCCAUUUACCAUGCUAAACUUUAAAUUAUCUCCACCAUGUUUAAGCCUUCAGCCUUAUACUGUUAAGAAUUCUUCAAAAAGCGAUUGGAGAUGGCAACAAACUUGCCUUUUGAGAUCCAACUUUGCCCUGCUGCUAUAUUGAGAUAUAUCUCAUUCCCAUUUUUCACCUUAUUGGUGUGUUGGUCUAAAUAAUAAUUAUAUAUUACAAAGCCCCGAGCUGUAGGUGUCAAAAGUAACUAUGGAAUGUGAUAUAGUCCUCUUGUGGGUGCUUUUCUCUUUACUUUCUUCCUUCUCUAUCCCCUUCUCCACUCCUCUUUUGGUUCAGUGGAAAAGGUGAAGAAAAGACUUGCCGCUUGCUUGGACUCAUAAUGAUGUUUUAUGUGAUUGCGCUUUUAGCUGUCUCCUUCUCCCUCCCCUACUCUCCUCCCAUGGAUAUAAGACUUUUCUGAAGUGUGGGAUUAACUUUCUUGAUAAGUAGGUUUAAAAAAUGCACAAUGUGGUACUGUUUCAUAGUUCUUAGAUGGUUGUAUAAAAAGAGUUAAUGUGGUUUGUGCUUUAAAAGGAAUAAGUGAUUGAUUUAUUAAUCUGUCUUUUUCAUUAUUACAAGCUUUGUUUUCCAAUGA